GGGCGGGCACGGCUCCCAUCUUUCCCAACAGGAACGCUUGCUUCAUUCACGUUUUCCCAGCCGGGAGGCCGAGGCCAUCGGGGAGCUUGUUUUAUCAACAUGAAGAGGCGUAAUAAUGCUCUCAUUUGGUCAGCCGGCCUGUCAGCGGCAACACGACCAGUUUAUAUUUGUCGUGUUGACGCGUCAGCAGCCUCCCAGCGUGAGUUCAGAGUAAAGAACGACCAAAGUGAGGAAGCGGCUCCGUCUCCUGCAGACCGCCAGCAGACAGGAAGGAAGGAGCAGCUUCGACGCCACAACUCUGACAAAGCAGCUCGCCGCUUUUGUCUUCGAUUCCUCUUCAGAAAUGGUGCUCAGAGUGUGGACGAGAAGCUGAGACGGAGCCGGGGAGGACAGACGUCUGGUCCGUCAUGGGAUGCUGCAGUGUGACCCAGAGGCACACUGGAGUGGACGAGGUGGGACCCGACGAGAUCGAGCUGCUGGAGCUGUCCGGAGACAACUUAGGGGUGUGGAGCCUGGGAGAAACCAGACUUCAGCUCUCAGUGAGGAACAGCAGAGACGAGCAGCAUCUGCCUCCACCUCCGCCGCCACCACACAAGCCUUCAACCCGACACCUGGAGCGAGAGGUGGUGCUGUGGGGAAGGAGCAGAGAUGAGCUGCACCACAGGAUUUACUCCCAGCAGCCAAUCAGAGGCUGGGAAGGCCAACCUGCUCACAUGUAUGGAGAGAUCUUCCACUCUUCACCUGUGUCUCUGUAUAACAGCCACGCUCAGGAGACCACCGAAUGUUUCCUGGUGUUGUUUUCUUUCCACCUGCUGAUUCUGUCUGUGGACCACUCCCGAAAAGACUUUAUUUAUGAGGGCGUCCUUCCUCUUUCUGGACUUGCCUUCCAGACCGUCUCCACAGAUCCUGACGCCUCGCAGCCGCCGCACAUGUUCGAGAUCAGCGGUCCCAUGGUGGACUCCAAGGUCUUCAUCUGCCCCACGUCUGCAGAAUUACAGCGGUGGAUGCAGCACAUAGACGACAGGAGAUACAAGUCUAUGGCUCAACCCAUGAGUCCCUCCCACUGCGCGCUUUCCUAUCUAUUACCGUGCGACGAGCACUGGAAAAGAGAAGAACUGAAGAAGUACUUACUACAAGCACCGAUAUGGAAGUGGGAGGGCGUGCCCAUACACCACAUGGGCCAGCCGGGGUACAUCUCCAUCGUUCACAUCAUCAACACACAGAGACAGGGACUCCAGGAAAGACUGAUGGUUCUCUUCCCUCAAGAUGUGCUGCUGCUGUCCGUCGACAACAGGCGGCUGAAUAUAAGAUAUGAGGGCAGGCUGGCCCGGCACAGCAUCAAAGCGGUGGAGCGCUCAGCUCUGCCUGGACGGCUGGAGUUCGAACUUACAGGUGAGCUGAUGGAGCCGCUGCAGAUCUCCUGCACCUGUCCGGAGGACUAUCAGAACUGGAUUUUUCAGUUACAACAGCUGGACCGAAGCAGCCACGUUCCCCUGAGUCACGCUCCUCCUCCCAUCGUGCCGAAGCUGCACAGGAGCAGGAAAGAGUCCCAGGAACCGAUAAUCACGGCCGAGAGCUGUCACGUCAACGGGCGCAGCUGACUCGGCAGCAAAAAAGGAGAGUGACGUGUAGACAGAUAAAGAGCAGACACAUCACGGCCUGAAGAAACCAAAAAGACACUCGUGAUCUGUUUUUUGGGAAGAAAUGACAGGUUUAAAAGCAAGCGUUUGAAUGUAGAUGCCGAACCUCAAAAAUUAGGUGAAGAAACUGUAAAUAUUUGUAUGUCGACUUCACUUUUUUUUACAAUAAAGUAAGAAAAAUC